AUGAAGAUGGCCUCUAAUGACCCCAACCCUCUUGACCCCCCUGGGACCCCCCAGCCUGGUGACCUCAUUGAGAUCUUCAGACCGGCCUAUCAGCACUGGGCUCUGUACCUGGGAGAUGGUUAUAUCAUCAACUUGACACCUGUUGAUGAGAGUCAGGCUGCAGCCAUCUCCAGUGUGAAGUCAGUGUUCAGUCGGAAGGCAGUGGUCCGAAUGCAGCUUCUAAAGGAAGUGGUUGGAGACGACUCGUACCGGGUCAACAACAAAUACGACGACGACCGCACUCCAUUGCCCGUCGAUGACAUCAUUCAGCGAUCUCAAGACCUCAUUGGCCAGGAGGUGUCUUAUGACUUGUUGGGCAGUAACUGCGAGCACUUUGUCACCUUGCUGCGCUACGGGGAGGGGGUAUCUGAGCAGGCCACACGGGCCAUUGGAGCUAUCAGUUUGGUGACGGCUGCAGCAAGUGCCUUCUCUGUUCUUGGACUUAUCAACACACGCUCCAGAAACAGACCCUUCUGA